GGGAAAAUGGAUUCUUUAUUUCACGUCCUGGUUUCUACCUGUCUUGCCUUGACGUUCUCAGAAGGGUUUCUGAUUAUCCAUGUCCAGAAACAGCAGUGUCUUUCAGAAAAAAGAGGAGUCAUUAUGGAAAAGUGCAAUAUGAUCAACCUCAACCAGCAGUGGCAGUGGACGGCAGAUGACAGGCUCCUCCAUGUGAAAUCUGCCCAGUGCCUGAGCAUCUCUACACGCUCUGCCCUGUCAUCUCGCAGCAUCAUCGUUGAUUGUCCCCAGGCAGUCAGGUGGACUUGCCACGAGGAGGACGGGCUCCUGAAGGUGGCCAACAGCUCGCUCUUUCUCACAAAGCAAGGUCAGAAGGUCAUGGCCAAGCAGAGUAAGAAAUACCUUCAUACAUGGAUGCAGCUAGAAGCCAGCGAGACGGGAAAACCUGUUUAUGUAAAUCUGUGCUCAAAGCAAGAUCUCCAAGAUGCAGACAGUUCUGUACGGAGUACUAGAACUACAUCCCCCCCUUUAAAUGCCGUCACCUCUAGGCCUGAAAAUCUGCUGAAGAGCAGCACAGAGGUGUUCAUCAGAAAUGUGACCGAACACUUCAGUAAAAAUCUCAUUGAAAAUCUCUACUUUGACUUGAAAUCUGCAGUAACAGAGAAUGCCUGGAUUCCAACAACUACCCUUCAAUACUCUAGCACUACGGAAGAGGUUCAUGCCCAGAAAAAUUCUGCAGCAGCAGCUCCCCUAAAAGGCAGGCUAAUGGGCAGCGGCUCCUACGGCUGCACCCUGCGGGGCCGGGAGGCCGGGACCUGGUACCACCUCCGCAUCGAGCCUCUCUCCGACGGGGAGGCUGUCAACAUCUCCGUGCAGACAGAUCCCUUACCACCACCUCGUUUUGAAAUUAAUAAGGAAAAAACUACACUCACAAGCUUGCAGGUUCAGUGGGAUCCUUCCUCAGGAAAGGUGGACUUGUAUAACCUAGUAUUAUUUGAUCAUGAUAAUAAAAAGAUACAAGAAGUCUCUGUACCAGGAAGAAUUUCAAAAACAGAAAAUACUUUUUCUAGUCUCAUCCCUGGGAAUAAAUACAACAUUGUCCUCAGUGCAGUUGCUGGAAAUAAGAGUACCCUGGAACUUCACAUAAGUGGAUCUACUGUGCCAUCCCCUGUGAAAAAUAUUCAGGUCAGUGUCAAGACAGACACUAUCCAUGCUUCAUGGUCUCCUGGCUCUGGGCACGUGGAUAGUUACAGACUGGUGUUACUGGAUGAUCAUGUCCCAGUUCAUGAGAUUCACCAAGAAGAUCCUCUGACCUCCUACACUUUUUCGGGACUUACAGCGGGCCACCUGUAUAACCUCUCUGUCAUAACCCAGGCUGCAGGAUUGGAGAGCAGCAGUUUUCAAACAGUCAGGACAGCCCCAGCUGAAGUCCUAGAUUUGACGGUGACUAAUGAUGACAGCUUAGAUGCUUUAGAAGUUAAGUGGAGAAGACCUUCGGGAAACCUCGAUUUCUAUAAUAUCACUCUGUCUCAUCUUGGAUCAGUUAAAGAAGUCAAAACUCUGCAGCCACUGGUCACAGAGAUUCACUUUGACAAGCUAACUCCAGGACGUCUUUAUCAGGUUACUGCCCGCACAAUCAGUGGUGAACUGUUUACUGAUCGGAUGGCAACUGGAAGGACAUUUCCCCAGAAAGUUUCUGAGCUGAAAGCCGGUGGUGGUGGCUGGCAGAGGUCUCUGCGAGUGAACUGGCUGCCCCCUGCGGGAGACUGGGAGAGGUACCGCCUGCUCCUGUGGAACCGCUCGGCCCUGGUGCUCAACACCACCCUCGAGAAGGACACCACGGAGUAUCUCAUCCACGACGUGGGCCUCAUCCCGGGGAGGCAGUACGAUGUGGAAGUCAUUGUGGAGAGUGGCAAUUUGCAGAGCAAGACUAGCUGCACGGGGAGAACAGCUCCAGAGCCUGUUCUCCAGCUCCGUGUGAAGCAUGCUAAUGAGUCUUCACUUGGUGUCAUGUGGGUGACCCCUGUUGCAGAAUGGGACAGUUACGUGGUUUCACUGGGAGACAGGGAUCUUACUGUCAUAAAAAAAGGGCUUGCAAAAGAAGCUAAGGAAUUCACUUUCACUGACUUGGUACCUGGAAGAAAAUACACAGCUACCAUCACUACCAUUAGUGGGAUUUUAAGCAACUGGACUUCAGUGGAAGGAAGAACAGUGCCAGCCCAAGUGACUGGUCUGACCGUGGCAAGUCAGGGAUCAACCAACAGCUUGUUCACCAACUGGACAAGAGCGCUGGGAGAUGUAGACUCGUACCAAGUGCUACUGAUUCACGAGAAUGUUGUCAUUAAAAAUGAGUCUGUUCCCAGUGAAACCAACAGAUACCACUUCUAUCCCCUGAAACCUGGAGGACUGUAUUCAGUUGUUGUCACCACUGUCAGCGGGGGGAUAUCUUCAAGGCAAACGAUCGCAGAGGGAAGGACAGUUCCUUCCAGCGUGACUGGAGUAACAGUAAAUAACUCAGGUCGCAGUGACUACCUCAGUGUUUCUUGGCUGCCAGCUUCUGGAGAUGUAGACAGUUAUUUGGUAACACUCUCUCACGAUGACCAGAUUGUUCAGACUCUCACCAUUUCCAAAUCAUUCAGUGAAUGCUCCUUCAGCAGCCUUACUCCUGGGACGCUUUACAAUGUGAUGAUAACCACGAAGAGUGGGAAGUAUGAAAAUUAUUCCUUCAGCCAGGAACGGACAGUCCCUUCAAGUGUUCAGGGACUUACUGUCAGCAAUUCAGCCAGAAGUGACUACUUGAAAGUGUCCUGGUUACAUGCCUCUGGAUAUUUUGAUAAUUAUGAAGUGAUCAUCAAGAACAACAAUGAUUUCAUCCAAACAAAAAGUGUCCCAAAGGAUGAAAAUGAAUGUGUGUUCACUAAUCUGGUCCCAGGGAGGCAGUACAGCGUCACAGUCAGCACAAGGAGUGGGAAAUACGAAACUAGUGAAAGGGUCUAUGGCAGAACAAUGCCAGAGUCAGUGAAGGAACUGACUCUUAGUAACAGAACCACAGAAGAUCUGCAGGUAACUUGGUCAAAGGCUGAGGGGGAUGUUGAUAAAUAUGAGAUUCAGCUCCUCUUCAAUGAUAUGAAGAUCUUUCCACCCAUUUUCCUUGGGAACACCAUUGAGGAGUAUUGGUUCACAGCUCUGACUCCAGGACGUCUAUACAAAAUUCUUGUCUUGACAAUCAGUGGAGAUGCACAACGUGCUACUUUCAUAGAAGGCCUGACAAUUCCAAGUGCGGUCAGAAACAUUCAUGUAUCACCUAACGGCAUGACAAACAGCCUGAAAGUGAGCUGGACUCCUGGAGGUGGAGAUGUUGAUUCCUACACAGUGACUAUAUUUCAGCAAAACCAUCAGCUUGAUUCCCGGAGUGUCUCCAAACACGUCUCUGAGCACAUGUUUCACAAGUUGGAAGCUGGGGAGCAGUACCGGGUGGUGGUGCAAUCUAACAGUGGCACCUUGCACAACAGCUUAGCAGCUUUUGGGAGGACAAUUCCAGCCUCUGUCCAGGAAUUAUUAGCCCAUCAUGCUUACAGCAGUCAUUCCUUGUUAGUAACCUGGCAGAAAGCUCCUGGUGUAGCUGAAAGAUACGACAUUCUGCUCUUGAAUGAGCAAGGAAUCCUCCUGAGCAACAAAUCAGAGCCAGCUACUGCCAAACAGCACAAAUUUGAAGAUUUAUUAGCCGGCAAGAAGUAUAAAAUACAAGUUUUGACAGUCAGUGGAGGGCUCUUCAGUAAACGAGCAGAAACUGUUGGCCGAACAGUUCCAGCAGCUGUCACAAAUCUGAAGGUCACAGAGAACACCACUGACCGACUGUCCUUCAGCUGGACCACCUCACUAGGGGAGCUUGAUUCAUAUGACAUCUUCCUAUACAACCCAGACAAGUCUCUUCAUGACAGGAUUUCAGGAGAGCAGCACCUCCAGCAAUGUUCAUUCCAGAACCUGCGGCAAGGCAGGAUGUAUCGAAUGGUGAUUGUUACCCACAGCGGAGACCUCACUAAUGAGUCGUCUGUCUUUGGAAGAACAGUACCAGCCCCAGUUGUUGGUCUCAAGGCAUCCAACCGAAACAUGACAGACAGUCUGUGGUUCACCUGGGGUCCAGCAGCAGGAGAUGUUGACUUCUAUGAGCUGAAUCUUUACAACCCAAAUGGGACACAGAAAGAAACAUGGCACAGGAAAGACCUGAAAGAAUGGCAUUUCCAGGGGCUCAUUCCUGGCAGAAAGUACACUCUGGUUGUGGUGACUCACAGUGGUGACCUGACCAACACAGCAAACGCUGAAGGAAGAACAGCACCCAGCCCUCCUAACACUGUAUCCUUUACUGAUGUUGCAAACACUUCUUUAUCAAUCACUUGGCUGGGUCCUCCAGACUGGACAGACUAUGACGAUUUUGAGUUGCAGUGGCUGCCAAAAGAUCCCCUCACAGUAUUCAAUCCCUACAGCAGCAGCAAAUCAAAAGUACGCAUCAUGUAUGGCCUGCGACCAGGAAGAUUCUAUGAGUUCAGUGUCAGAACGGUCAGUGGUGACAGCUGGAAGACAUACAGUCAGUCACAGUCUGCAAGUGUGAGGACGAAACCAGACAAGAUACAAAGUCUUCAUUGUCGGCCCCAGACCUCUACUGCCAUUGCGUGUUCCUGGACUCCUCCUGAUUCUGACUUUGAUGGGUAUAGCGUCGAAUGCAAAAAACUGGACACUCAUAAAGUGGAAUUUUCUAAAAGGAUAGAAAAAGACAAAUCUCUGCUUAAUAUCAUGACCCUCAUUCCCCACAAGCGAUACCUGGUGUCCAUCAAGGUGCAUUCUGCAGACAUGACGAGUGAAGUAGUUGAAGACAGCACCAUCACAAUGAUCGACCGUCCCCCUCAGCCACCUCCAGACAUACGAGUGAACAAAAAAGAGGUGCUGAUUACCAAAUCCUCCAUCAACUUUACUUUUAACUGCAGCUGGUUUAGUGAUACUAAUGGAGCUGUGAAGUACUUUACUGUGGUUGUGAGAGAGGCUGAUGGUAGUGAAGGACCAAAGCCUGAUGAGCAGCACCCAUUACCUUCCUACCUGGAGUACAAACACAACGACUCUAUACGCAUCUACCAGACAAAUUAUUUUGCCAGUAGAUGUGCUGAAAACCCUGACAGUGACUAUAAAAGCUUUGACAUUAAGCUUGGAGGAGAAAUGGAAAAUCUGGGAGGAAGGUGUGAUCCAGAUCAGCAAAAAUUCUGCGAUGGACCUCUAAAGCCUCGGACUGCUUAUAGGAUCAGCAUACGGGCCUUUACCCAGCUCUUCAGUGAAGACCCAAAGGAACUCCCUAACCCGCUCUUUGCAGACACCUUCUUCUCUUUACCGAUCACUACAGAGGCAGAGCCUCUGUUUGGAGUUAUUGAAGGUGUGAGUGCUGGCUUGUUUCUGAUUGUGAUGUUAGUGGCUGUUACUGCCUUAUUUGUCUGCAGACAAAAAGUUAGCAAUGGCCACGAAAGACCUACAGCAAGGCUGAGCAUUCGCAGGGACAGGCCAUUGUCAGUCCAUUUGAACUUGGGGCAAAAAGGGAACCGGAAAACUUCCAGUCCGAUCAAAGUCAGUCAUUUUGAAGCACACUUCACCAAACUUCAAGCAGACUCCAACUACCUCCUGUCCAAGGAGUAUGAGGACUUAAAAGAUGUGGGUCGAAACCAGACAUGUGACAUAGCACUUCUGCCAGAGAACAGAGGGAAGAAUCGAUACAAUAAUAUAUUGCCCUAUGAUACAUCAAGAGUGAAGCUUUCCAAUGUGGACGAUGACCCUUGCUCAGACUACAUUAAUGCAAGCUACAUACCAGGCAAUAAUUUCCGCAGGGAAUACAUAGCGACUCAGGGCCCUUUGCCUGGUACCAAAGAUGAGUUCUGGAAGAUGGCAUGGGAACAAAAUGUUCACAAUAUUGUCAUGGUAACCCAGUGUGUUGAGAAGGGCCGGGUGAAGUGUGAUCACUACUGGCCCCUUGACCAGGAUUCCUUGUACUAUGGCGACCUGAUCGUUGAGAUGCUGUCUGAAUCGGUGCUCCCAGAAUGGACAAUACGAGAGUUUAAAAUCUGCAGUGAAGAGCAACUUGACUCAACGAGGCUCAUUCGUCACUUCCACUACACUGUCUGGCCAGAUCAUGGUGUGCCAGAGACCACCCAGUCCUUGAUCCAGUUUGUCAGAACUGUAAGGGAUUAUAUCAACAGGACCCCAGACACAGGACCAACUAUCGUGCACUGCAGUGCUGGUGUUGGCAGGACUGGCACAUUCAUUGCACUGGACCGAAUUCUGCAGCAGCUGGAUUCAAAGGACACUGUCGACAUUUAUGCAGCAGUACAUGAUCUAAGGCUUCACCGGGUUUACAUGGUUCAGACAGAGUGUCAAUAUGUGUAUCUACAUCAAUGUGUGAGAGAUGUGUUAAGAGCCAGAAAACUUCGCAGUGAACAAGAAAAUCCCUUGUUUCCAAUAUAUGAAAAUGUGAAUCCAGAGUAUCACAGAGAUGCUGUUUAUUCAAGGCACUAAGAAUGUUACAGACAACUGCUUUUGUGACCACAUUUGUUAACUAGGGGUUUUGUUUGGGGUUUUUUAUGUAUGUAUUUCAUGCACUAGAAAGGUGCCAGACCUUUCUGUUGAGACUGUGUAUAAUUUAUUGGUCUGGUGAUUUUUUAAAAAGAUAUAUAAUUUAAAUGUAAUAGAUAUUAAUGUAUAUAAUUGUA